AUGCAUAGCCUUUCUUUGCUGUUACUUCUCUGGGGUACCAGCUCAUACAGUUUCCCCGUGAUUCAGGAUGGACUCCAGAAAAAUGUGAAGACAGUCUGGAAAUACCUGGAAAACUACUACAACUUGGGCAAAGACAUGCAAGCUAAAAACGUGAAUAGCAAGGAGGUGAUGGCUGAAAAGCUAAGGCAAAUGCAGCAGUUAUUUGGGCUGAAGGUGACCGGGAAUUCAGAUCCUGAAACCCUGAAUGCUAUGAGGAAGCCCAGGUGUGGGGUGCCUGAUGUGGCCCCAUAUGCCAUUACUCACAACAAUCCUCGUUGGAGCAAAACUCAUCUGACUUACAGCAUUUUAAACUACACUCCAUAUUUGCCAAGAGCAGUUGUGGAAGAUGCCAUCGAGAGAGCCUUUCGAGUCUGGAGUGAUGUGACACCACUAACAUUCGAAAGGGUCUUUGAGAAGGAAGGAGAUAUUGUGCUAUCCUUCCACAGAGGAGACCAUAGUGACCUCUACCCAUUUGAUGGAUCUAAAGAUCACUUUGCUCAUGCUUUUCUGCCAGCCCCAGGAAUGGGGGGCGACGUUCAUUAUGAUCUUGAUCAGAAGUGGACCGACAACAGUGAGAAUUUCAACCUGUUCUAUGUCACGGCUCAUGAACUCGGCCACUCCCUUGGACUCUCUCAUUCUAAUGAUGAAGAGGCACUAAUGUACCCCAGCUACACAUGGAGCAAUAAAGACUUUGUGCUAAACCAGGAUGAUAUUAAUCGCAUCCAGGCUUUGUAUGGACCUUCCACAAAUCCCAUCCAGUCAACAGGUGCAUCACUAGAUGUAUGCAAUAGUGGCCUAACCUUUGAUGCUAUAACUACAUAUCGGGGGGAGGUGAUAUUCUUUAAAGACAGGUUCUACAUUCGGGUAAUUAGCUUCCUGCCAGAACCUAUGAUCAAUAUGAUAGAUCUUAUCUGGCCAACUCUGCCAGGUAAAUUUGACGCUGCCUAUGAAUCUAGUAUGGUAGAUGAACUCCGCUUUUUCAAAGGCAGUAAAGUCUGGGCUGUUCAGGAACAGAAUGUACUGGAAGGAUUUCCCAUGGACAUCCACAGCUACUUUGGCUUCCCUAGCAACGUGACACACAUUGAUGCCGCCGUUUGUGAGGAAGAGACUGGAAAAACAUACUUCUUUGUUGACCACAUGUACUGGAGGUAUGAUGAAAACACACGAUCCAUGGAUCCAGGUUAUCCCAGAUUAAUAGCAGAAGACUUCCCUGGAAUUAACCAUAAAGUUGAUGAUGUUUUCCAGAAAGAGGAUUAUUUCUAUUUCUUUUACCAAUCAAUUCAACACAGAUUUAACCUCCAAACAAGAAGAAUUGAUGAUUCUGGUGAUUUUAGUACCUGGUUCAACUGCUAA